AUGGCUAACAACAACGCUGUUUCGUCGACUUUGCCGUCGAGAGAUUAUUAUUGCAAAGUCUGCGACCUAUAUUUGGAUACUGUUGAUUCAUUAGAAGUGCAUUUACAAUAUCACAAAGAGAACUUGUACGUGAAGUGGGGCACUCAGAACUCUCAAAAUGAUACCGAAAACAAUAAUAGCGCUAAAGUGAAAAACGAAACAACAGUAUCAGCUCCGGCGGACUCGAGUGACAGUAUGAUUACCAAACCAAGUCCAGAGUUUCAACAGCGCGCGACGCCCGAAACAACAGUGCAAUUUCCGCACCCUGCUACACCACAGAGCUAUCACAGCGCACCAUCACCUUACCAAAAUCCAGAUCAAACAAACUUUUCACCGGGAGCCCAAUUUGGUAAUAAUUUUACUCAUUCUAAUUUUUCACAAAAUCAACACACUGAGCAAAUAAAUUGGGAACAGUCGCAAUAUAAUCAAGAAUAUCAUAAGCCGAAUCGUUUCCAUCCAUAUAAUAUGCAAGAUCGUGUAUCACAAGUCUCAUCUUCGAGCCCCUUGUAUGGUCAGCCGUUAAAUCAACCAACGCCAUCACCUUCGCCGAAUCAAUGCGACAAGUGUGGCUACGUUUGUGAUUCCGCUGUACAGUUAAAUGAGCACUGCAAUUCGGCUCACGCAGGCACGAGCGCUGUACCUGCUACAGGGAACAUUCCAUUUCAACAAUUCCCUAGUAAAUCAUAUAACAAUUCGAGCUAUCAAAAUGAUAGUAUAAAAGUAAAAGAAGAACAUGAAGAAUCGUCGGAUAUUCUAGACUUAGAUUCCCAAAAGGUGGUUUACCAGGGAAAUGAAGGAGAGCAACAAAAUCCACCCUACGAAGAAACAUCAUCUCAGGUACGCGAAGUAAACACGAGAACUGUACCUAUGAUGCCAUGGGAAACUCAAAAGAUUUAUACUAAUCCCCAAAUGAAUGGCGAUGUAUCUCUUUUUAAAGAACAAAAAAUGUUUGCUGAUCAAAAGGCAUAUGCAACUGAAGGAAAAAUGUUUCAUCCAGAUCAAAAAUUUGCUUAUUCACAAGAUAAAUUUUUAGUGCAUCAUGAACAAAAACCUUUUAUGCACGUGGAGCAAAAAAUUUACCCUGGUGUUCAAAUGCAACCUUUAACAGAUUACUCAGGGAAUGUGGCUUCAACCAACUCAGAUAUGAAACCACCAUACCGACCUUAUGAUUCCCCUAAUGCACCGCAAAUAACAAGCACACAACCUGCAAAUCCUACAUCGUCAUCGUUGCCAUCUAUUGGGGGUAAAGGAGCCAAUUGGAAGUCGAAUGAAGCAAGAAGACCGAAGACCUAUAACUGUACUGCAUGUAAUAAGUGGUUUACUAGCUCAGGCCACUUAAAAAGGCACUACAAUACUACGCUGCAUAAAAACGCAGUACGAUCGUCUGGGCAACCUGAUCCAGCAACGAUGCCCAUUUCGAGCCAUCAUCAUCCAAGUCGUGAUUCUUUGCAAAAUCGAGCUCAACAACAGAAUCCGGAUUCGAAUACGCAAAGUCCUGUCCCCUCCGAAGACAGCAGGAACGUGGAUGAAGGUGCUCUGCAGUCACCGUAUGCACCGCAAAACUUUGAACGCGUUCACCGUGUUGCAACUAUGCAGUCCAAAUCACCAUACACGCAUCUUCAACAGGGUAAUUUAGAUAAUAAUUUCAGUAAUAUUCCUCUAACUAAUCAUCCCUUACAGCAUCAAGUGGGUUCACACCCGAUUAAUAUAAAUAUAAGUAGCCAACCACCGGGGAUCGGACUUCCAAACGAUAGUCCUCAAGGUCCAAAAAGUACUUCAAUAUCAACUGGUGCGAAUCCCCCAAACGGGGAAGCAGGUCCCUCUGUUUCUCAAAAUCACCAUAUGAGGGGCCUGCUAUCAGUGUCAACCAGCAAUAUUUCAACACCAGUACUAACCCAGAGUACACCAGCGCUUACGGCUCACACUCUACCGCCGUUCAGCCAUUUGGGUGUCAACCCGUACAGUCCGAGGUCUACGGAUCCUUUGGGGCCUUCGGUACCGGACCCCACGCACACCCCAUUAUAUUUGGGUCAGAAUUUUCAGCAGACUAUAGCACCGAGUUACCCAAACGGGAUGGCCCCCCACGUUAUGGAUAUGGCUAUCAACAAUCUGCCUAUAGCCAAUCCGGCUACUUUUGGUGAAGCUGCACCAGAAGAGGUCGAUGUUAUGGAACAAGAAACGUCUAGUCAGCCUGCUAAUGGACGCUUGCCGAGUUUCUCGCAGCUACAAAUGCAGAGCUUCAGCGUUUAUGUUUCAAACUAUAUUACAUCACCUAACGUGGGGGGUCAAGUUGUUGCCGACGAUUCUACCGCCGGUUACAUUAUUGUAGAUCCAGUUAACUCUCCUAUACAAUACAAUGGCAUGGACAUAAAUGGACAAAGUAUAGAUUAUGACUAUAAUUAUUCACCUAAAUCUAACCCAAUGAAGGAAAACGUAGUAAGCUACAAUACGGAUACAAUAAAGGUUUACCCGUAUGGCUACGCGGUUGGAGGUAAAACUAUAAAAAGGGAAGAUGACGUGUUAAGAACGGAUUCUAGUGAGCUACAAAUAUUAAAAAUCGAAGAUAUAAUGGAUUAUGCUAAUAAAGAAAAUUAUGGAACGCAAAUGAAGUCUCCAGCUAGUCCAGAGAGUGCUAAAGCAGAGAACGAAAGUCACGGGUCCCCUUCAAUAUCAUCAACAGUUUCGAGUACACCACUCACCGAGAGAAAUCAUUUAAAAAAGUCAACACCAACAACGGUACACAAAUGUUUUGAAUGCGACAAAUUAUUCAACAAGGCAUGUUAUCUUACUCAGCAUAAUAAAACUUUCCAUUCUGGAGCUAAACCAUUUAAAUGUGAUAGAUGUGGUAAACGCUUUUCGGACGAUGUUUCGUAUGAGGGUCAUUACUUAAAACACGCAGACAAUAAACCCUUCAAAUGUAAUGAAUGUCCAAAGUCGUUUAAUCACAAAACCGACUUGCGUCGUCACAUGUGUUUACACUCUGGGUGCAAGCCGUUUGCAUGCGAUCAUUGCGGUAAAGGAUUCAUAAGAAAAGAUCACAUGGUAAAGCAUUUCGACACCCACAUAAAGAAAAAUUUGCGUUCAUCAUCGUCAUCUGUAUCGCCGACAUCAUCCUCCCCAUCUACAUAA